GAGGGGGAGGAAGGAGAGGUGGGGGAGGAGGGAGAGGAGGAGCUGAAGGAGGAUUAUAAAGGUUUUAGAGACACUGCAGCAGACGGAAACACAGAGGAAAGACACAGAAAUUAAACGACUGUUACACAUCGUGAACUUGGUGAAUCAUCCCUUCAGUCCACACAGCCCACAGAAAUGGACCAGUAAAGGGUAGACUGGUUGGCUCAGUGGAAUGUAAGAGAAGAGGGAAAUGACACAGGAAGUAUUGGUUCUUCCGAGGGGAACUCAUCCAAUCAGAAAUGUGUCUGAUCACCAGGUAACAGUAACCAUGACGAUGACCAUAAACUGAAGAUAAAACUAUGGAGUUGUAGUUUUUCUGCUUCACACCUGUAUUCACACCUGUAUUCACACCUGUAUUCUAUUUUCGUUUAGGGAUGGAUGAGACAGGCCAAUGGAAAUAUCCAGUAUUAAACUGCUGGCUUGAACGAGUAGGCCUAGUUAAUUUUCACUUACGACAAGAUACGAACUGCAUUUCAGUUUUCAGUUUAAUUCAAAUUAAAUUGUCUAAAAUAUGUGUGAUCCGAUUCCGGACAUUACUUAAUUCGCUCAUGCUCUCUUUGUAAUUCCAGUUUUAAAACGCAUCAGUCACAUGGCAACAGUUGCGGUAUCUUUGGCAAACAAAUUAACAAAAAACAGACAGACACCUUUAGUAUAUAAAUAGUUGCAAACACAGUUAUUCUACAAGCGCUUCCGGACGAUCAGAAUCUACUAUCUAUAAAAUUAAAUGUUUUUAGUCUUCAUUAACAAUUACGAAUACUGAAUGCAGUAUUUGGCUGACAUCUACUGUAAUUUGUUUAAACUGCAACUAUUGCUAAACAAUAAUAUAACUUGAUUAUAUUGUUAAUAUAUAAAAAGAAAUCAUAACUUUUGAACUAAAAUAUUGAACCAUAAACAAUUAAUAAUAACAAUUUCAACCUUUAUUCACCCAACAAUUGGUUUUAGAAGUGCAAGGUUUGUUUACUUUGGACCAGUCAUACAAAAAUGACCUUAUCAAGAUGGCAGCAUGAUCUGACUGUGCCAACCACUCAACCUAAUAAUCAUCAUAUCCGGUGGAUGAGGUCAACUUUUUUCCCAAGAUCCGCCAUUUCAGCCCUUGAGUUUCAUGUUGCAGAUGACUUUAGGAAUUGUGUUUAUUGUAACCGCUAUGACAAAUAAACAUUGUACUAUUAUUAGUAAUAUUUAACUAUUUACUAGGGGAUGCACAGUUCAGUUUAGUGGAAAUAGAGAAAAGUUGUAGAAUUCCAACGUUUUGGAACGGUACAGAUGCCGUGGCUUCUCCCCGAGCGUGUUCCUCAGUAAGCCAAAGUUUUUGUAUGAGUUGCGGAUAGGGAGAGGCGAAGGGGAAGGCCUUGAAGCCUCGGAGUGGAUUUGCAGUCAUGGCUGGUAACUUUGACGCAGAGGACCGUGCUAGCUGGUAUUGGGGAAGGCUAAGCCGCCAGGAAGCGGUUUCUCUCUUGCAGGGUCAGAGACACGGCGUGUUCUUGGUUCGAGACUCGAUCACAAGCCCCGGUGACUAUGUGUUGUCGGUGUCUGAGAACUCUAAAGUCUCUCAUUACAUAAUCAACAGCAUCAGCAACAACCGGCAGUCUGGAUCAGGUCUGGCCCCACCCCGCUUCCGCAUCGGCGACCAGGAGUUCGAGGCUUUGCUUCUCCUGGAGUUCUACAAGAUCCACUACCUGGACACCACCACGCUCAUCGAGCCAAUCAGCAAGGCCAAGCACAGCGGCUUCGUAAGCUCCUCCCCCGCGCCGGUCCCGGGAGCGUCCCAGCGUCCAGAGGAGGCAGAGUUUGUGCGCGCCCUCUUCGACUUCCCCGGCAACGACGACGAGGACCUUCCGUUCCGCAAGGGAGACGUGCUGCGCGUGCUGGAGAAGCCGGAGGAACAGUGGUGGAACGCGGCCAAUCAGGAGGGCCGAGCCGGGAUGAUCCCCGUCCCGUACGUGGAGAGGUACCGGCCUUCCUCACCAUCCUCGGCCUCGGGGGUCCCCGCGGGGGGCCCAGCGGGGGCCGUGACGGACGGGACGGGGCCCCAGCCCCCCGUAGGAGACCCUGGGCCGUACGCACAGCCUGUGGUGAACACGCCACUUCCAAACCUCCAGAACGGCCCCGUCUACGCUCGCGCCAUUCAGAAGAGGGUGCCGAAUGCCUACGAUAAGACAGCCCUCGCUCUGGAGGUGGGAGACAUGGUGAAGGUGACCAAGAUCAACGUGAACGGCCAGUGGGAGGGAGAGUGCAAAGGGAAGCGAGGUCACUUCCCCUUCACACACGUCAGACUGCUGGACCAGCAACACCCUGAGGAGGAGAGCUGAGACGCACACAUCAAGCUGCCUCUCUCUCUCUCUCCUCUCUCUCUCUCUCUCUCUCU